GUUUUUAAUUAAAACAGGUUAUUUUUUAAUAAGUUCUGAAAACUAAUAUGUACUGUUAAGACGAUUAACGGUUUUGCUAAAGUAAAUUAUAGAUAGAAACUUGCAAAAGUCACUCAGGGAUAGAUUUGGUUGGCCACUUUGCUAGUCCACAACAAUUGAUAAUCUGUGGCUUUUCGGCAAAAGUUUUAGUGCGUUUACAACGAUGCUAAUGUCCAACCGAUUUCAAGGCUGUAUUUAUGAGUGUUGGGUAACUAAUAAGUUGGGUUAAUUUAUAAAGGUGACCGAUUUGACUCGAAUCGUUUUUUGAAGCAUCGGUUGCUAACCAGUUAGCAAGAGAUUAACAUGGGCGAUGGUAGUGUUGUUCCGAGGCUCGGCAACAUGAAGGCUUUGCUUGGAUUAAUCGCUGGUGCUGGAGCUUCUUAUGGCCUGUAYAAACUUAUCAGCGGGCAACGUUUGAAGAAAAACAAGAAGAGCACGUCCAGUGAAAGCAGCCUUAAAAGCAACCAGCCAGGUGAAGUGAAGCUGCAGCCGGGGAGCCUGCUGGCCAGAGUGUCUGGGCUGGAUGUAAUAUGUCCUCGGUCAGAAGAAGCUGCAGCAGGCGGGAUCRUCCACCAGUCUCCUAACACUUUGGGGCCACAACACUUGAAGAUGUUGCUGUCAUGCCUGCAGAACAGUGAUGAUCAAAACCAGAAGUGUAGGGUUCUUAUCACAUUAGGAAAUGCUGCUGCCUUCACUGUAAAUCAGAAUCUAAUUCGGGAGUUGGAAGGGAUUCACAUCAUAGCUCGUUUCAUUUCUGAUCCAGCAGCGGACGUCAGAGUGCAGACCCUGAGCGCUUUGAAUAAUUUAUGUAUGAACGUCCAAAACCAGGAACAAAUAAAGCUUUAUGUGCCACAAGUGCUGGAACUGAUUGAAAUGUCACCGGUGAAUUCAGACCUGCAGCUUGGUGCUCUGCGGCUGCUGACAAACCUGUCGGUCACAGACGAACAUCAACAUUUGCUGAAGGAAUCCAUUAGGCUUUUUCUGUCUCUUCUGGUUGUGAGCAGUGAAGCGCUGCAGGUUCAGACGCUGAAAGUCCUGGUGAAUUUGUCGUCCAAUCCAGAUAUGGUGGAUGACAUAGUUCAAGCUCAGGCACCAGCGUCUGUGCUGCUGCUGUUUGACGAUCGGACAGCCCCCGCGGUGCUGCUGCGGCUGCUGACGUUUGUUGGGAACCUGAAGGCGUGGAGGCCCUCGGCGCAGGUGGCCGAUGAGCUGCGGCGGAAACAGGACAGCCUCUUCAGGGUCAUGCUGGAUGAAUCUUCCCAGCUCCACAACAAACUUGUCCAGCUGCUAUCACACCCUGACGGGGAGAUUCAGGCCCAGGUAGCUCGUAUUUUGACGUAGGACCUCCCUCAUCUGCACCUGUGAUCCGCAGGCACCGACCAGGCGCUUGUGGCCUUGUGUGGAUAGUCUGCAACACUCUCCGUCCCUCACAGGACGAUCAAUAUUGUUACCACAGAAAACUAAAUUAAGUUCUUUACCUCAGACACUCCUCUCUGUUUCUCAGCAUCCUACRUUGCAAUUCAUUAGUAAGUGAGCUGGAAGCACCUUUCUUUAGUGUGUGGGUGUCAAAACAACCCAUUUCUCUCUCUUUUUCUUAAAUACCCACGGCACUGUCUUCUGAAAACCUCAACCUAAAUCACUGGAAACUUAUUUCAGGUAAAUUUCUGAAUCUAACCCCACUGCCAAAAGCUUUCAUUAAAAUGUUUCAUUAUGUGAAAGACUGCAUGGAUGAACCACAAGAGACUUUAAUGUAUUAUAAAUGUUUUGGAUUUUAAAGAAAUGUAUUUUUAUUUUCUAAAACCAAAAUAUUAAUGUUCAGUUUAAAGWAGUAUUCUGAUCUUUGGUAGGUCUGAAAAUCCUGGCUUUUCCCCUCUGUGACUUUUAAAAUUGAGGAAAAGASGACAUCUGAGUUUAUAUUACUGGUCUACAACUUUCACAAAGAUCAAGCAGGAUAUGUGGAUUUAAAUUAAAAUGCAAGACAAACUUGUGUAGAACAGAAAGCCAUGAUUGUUAUAUUCUAUGUUUAGUUAUUUAAUGACAGCAGUGAUGAAUGUGAAAUGUAAGGAGUUGAUAUAUAAAUCUAUGCACUCAGAAUACAGCAUGUGACUGAACCACCUGUUGUGCAGCUGCUGGACUGGAGCUGUGGAUUUAUAGGCACUUAUUUAGUAUUUGCAGACAGACGUGGAACUAAUGUGACUAUUCUGACAGUAUGGCUUUCAAUGCAGGGUUAAGAAAUGCUGCACACAUUUUAUUUUCUGGACCACCUGUUUUAUUGGAUUUAAMGUUAAAUAUCUCUCAGGCGGUAGUGGUUUACCAAAACAUGUAUGAACAAUUGCUGACGAACCUUUGUCCUAGUUUAUCAUUUGUAUCAAAUAGAAUACAUUAUUUAGUGUUUAUUUUUAUUUUUGUCUCUGUUCAAUAAAGGCAUAAAUCACACUAUCA